GAAUUAAAAAUGCUCCUCAGAUUUUCUGUGAUCUUUCCAGAUGGACCAUGUGAUCUUUCCCAAUGGAACAUAACCCAAGCUGAAUCCAUGGAAAGGAGGAGAAAUGUAACAGAAUUCAUUCUGCUGGGCCUGACCCAGAACGCAGAACUGAGGAAAUUCUUAUUUGCUGUAAUUUUAAUCACCUACUUGAUCACACUGACAGGUAACCUGCUCAUCUCGGUCACCAUCUUCAUCAGCCCAGCCCUGGGUUCUCCCAUGUACUUUUUUCUGUCCCACUUGUCCAUUUUAGAUGCUUUCUACUCUUCUUCCAUAGCACCCAAAAUGAUCUUUGACUUGAUCUCUGACAAGAACACCAUAUCGUUCAAUGGCUGCAUGACUCAACUCUUUGCUGAACAUUUCUUUGGUGGAGUUGAGAUCAUCAUAUUACUUGUCAUGGCCUAUGACCGCUAUGUAGCCAUCUGUAAGCCCUUGCACUACAUGACCAUCAUGAACCGACCUGUCUGUACUUUCUUGCUGGGAAUGGCUGGGAUUUUAGGCUUUCUUCAUGGAGGGAUCCAGGUUUUGUUCAUGGUCCAGUUGCCAUUCUGUGGCCCCAAUGUCAUUGACCAUUUUAUGUGUGAUUUAAUACCUCUCCUGGAACUAGCCUGUACAGAUACUCACACUUUGGGGCCUCUGAUUGCUGCCAACAGUGGAUCACUAUGCUUCUUAAUUUUUUCUGUUCUGGUUGCUUCUUACGUUGUCAUCCUGCACUCUCUGAGGACCCAUAGCUCUGAAGGGCGUCGCAAAGCCCUGUCUACCUGUGCUUCUCAUGUCACUGUUGUCAUCUUUUUCUUUGUACCUUGUUUAUUCCUGUACCUGAGACCCAUGACCUCCUUCUCUGCUGACAAAGCUGUGACUGUGUUUUAUACCAUAGUAACUCCCAUGUUGAACCCUUUAAUCUACACCCUCAGAAAUGCAGAAGUGAAAAAUGUCAUGAAGAAACUCUGGGAGCAAAUAAUGAAAACUGAUGAUAAAUGA